CCUCAUUAUUAUAUCCUGUUCGUUUCUCAACGUGGUGGAAGUAACAUCUGCAGCUUACAUGGGAACCACUGCAAACAGCUCCACUACAAAUGGGAAUGAAGAAGCUGUAACAACGGAGAAUCAGAUUACAAGAGGAGGAGACACAGUUUGUGCCGUUCUUAACCCUUUGGUGUAUGGCAUAAUCUGUUUCCUUGCUGCCAUUGUUCUCAUACUACUGAUACUUGUGUUUAAAGCAUUCAGUGCAAGGCAUGAUGGCAUUACUGGAGACACUAUUCACAUGAAUACCGAGAGAGGAGAAUUAUUGCCUUUGAGCCAGAAUAAUGGAUUAAAUGUUUGCCCUACUUCAAACAACCUUUCAGAUGAUUCAUCCGAUACUAGCUCUGAGAGCUCAGAAGGCUCGGUGGCAGAUCGUUGCUCUAGAUCUCAGAGAUAUGCGAGUCCCCAAGGCCGUCGUAAGACUUCUGACUACAUAAAUGUUUCAGAGGGUGCUUCAGCUGGAAGACUAGACUUUAAGACUGAAAAAACAGGAAAGGACUAUAUAAAUCUCAAAGAACCCCGAAAAAAGGUCACAAAAGAAGGCAGGGAGAACAGUGAUGAUGGCAGCAAUGCAAGCAAUGUGUCUGUAGUGAAUUAUUCAACAGUUGUCUUUACUAAAGCAGACAAUUAA